AUGAACAACCACAACCUUCUCCCUUCGAGCCAUCGAGCAGCCCUUGACAAAGCAGUGCCCAUGCAGCUGCAAACGCUCAUCCCGCGUCCCGAUCAAGAAGCCAUCUGGGACGCCUUCCACCUCCUCGACUGCGUGCACUUCCACGCGGACCGCCUUGGUCCCGGCGCCGUGCAUGCCAUCCACACUGCGCUCUGGCCGUCGAUCCAGGCCUGGUACGAGAACAAGUUCUACGCAAAAGUCGUUUCCUGGAGCCAACUCGCCCUGCACCCGGCCCUCGCCGCCCACGAAAAGCAGCACCGGGCCGCCUUCCUGCGUCGCAUCCUCGCCGCCCGCAUCGAGCUCGGCCAGUACGCCGACGCCCACACCGUCCUCGAGACCCUAAACCACGACGACUCCGACAGCAACGACAAUCACCUGGCCACGCAGCUGCUCGCGUUCCGGCUCGCCGUACGAUCGUGGGACACGGCGCUCGCGCGGUCCUGCCUGCAGUCCCUGGCCGUCGCCGAGAAGCGGGAGACGGCGCGGGACGCGCUGUACGCGUGCGUGCGGGAGGCGCAAGCCGCGGGCGACCGGCUCUGCGCGGUCGAGGCGCUCUGCGCGGCGGUGGCGACGUGGAAGGGCGAGGUCGUGGUGGCGGGCAACGUGCCGGCGUUGCUGCGCUGCGCGAUCCGGUUCCUCCAGCAGAUCGACGGCGACGACGAUGCGGAUUCGAGCGACUUGACGUCCAACGAGACGGUAAGCUUGUUCAGCGCAGGUGCGACUUUGCCUUCCCCCCUCCGUGGCUUUUCGCAUGCAGUGAUCACUUACAUGUUAGAAGCGGCUGCGUUCGUGGCCGACAACGCGCGCGACGACGCCGGCGACGCCGUCUUCCGCGGCGCCGAGCUGCGCUGGUUCGCCGUGCACGCGUACAACAUCGGCGUCGCGCGGUGCACGCUUUGGCCGCCCGGCCUCUUGGCGUCCCUGUUCCAGAGCUGCCUCGUCUUCUCCCAGGCGCUCUCCUCCUCCUCCCCGCCCUCCGAAGACGACGCUGACGCGACGCUCAUCACGCUCCGGUGCCACUUCGUCCUCGCCUCGCUGUACGUCUCCGAGGCCCGCGCCGGCGGCGGCGGCGGCGGCGAGCACGCGCCCAGCCUGUACGCGGAUGCGGAGCGGCACGCGGCGGCCUUUGCCGCGCUCUUCGCGGAGGCGGGGCAGCGCCGCGUCGGCGGUCAGUGUCCGGACCUGCGGCGAAAGCUCGGCGUCUUGUGCUUGUUCCACUGCGAGGCCCUCCUGGCUCGGCAAUCGCACGAGCACCUGCCGUGCGUCGUCAAGCAGGCGCGUCUCUGUGGCGACGUGGACGUCUUCAAGGCCCUCGGCAGCUGCGUCAUCCAAAGCGAGGCACCGGUGCACGUGAAGAGCAGCAUUCUCAAGUCCAUCGUCAACGAAAUCUUCAACGUCGAAGACUUCAAGAGCCAUCAUCUCGCACAGUACCUCCGCUGCAUGGUGCAGGUCCUCCUCCCCAUGGCGGACGACUCGGCGGCGCGGGAUCUCCUCGACCAGGCCUUGCAAGUCGCCCAGGAAUCAAAACAGGUCGGCGUCGCGUUCCCGGCAGACGAGGCCGAGUGGCUCGCCGCCGCCGCGUUCAACCACGGACUCACCCGUCACGCCGCCGCGGCGGGCGGCGGCGCCGACACGCCCAGUUGCCGUGCUUGGAUGGAACGGGCCGCGGCCAUGGCCCGGCACGUGGACGACGACGGCCGUUUCGCCGCGUCUCUGCAGCGGCGACGGGAGAGGCUGCUGGGUUUCUCACUCGGAGACACGCUGUAA